AUGUCCACUAUCAGCGGGCUUAAUGGCAAACCCGCCCAUGAGCCCGUCACCUCCGCCGCCCAAAUCAACACCGACCUGGGCGCGUUCCAUGAGAAGUAUUCGUGCGGCAACGUGUCCCAGACAGCGCUCGGCCGCCAGGAUCCCCUGGCUCUCAACACGAACGGCAAAUCGCUCCGUAAAAACUCGCUGAGGCUGAAGCGGAAGCGGCUGUGUGAGCUCCAAGAGUGGGAAUACCAGGCCGCAACCGCACCGCGGCGCUGCGCGAACCCGGGCCCGGUCGGCCUGCUCGGCUUUGGCCUCUCGACGAUCCUGCUGAACCUGCACAACACCGGGAACUUUCCGCUGUCGACGGUGAUCGUCGCCAUGGGCAUCUGCCUCGGCGGAGGUGCGCAGUUUAUCGCGGGUAUGCUCGAGUGGGUGCGCGGUAACACCUUCGCGUACGUCGCCUUCACCUCGUACGGUACCUUCUGGCUGUCCCUCGUGUGCGUCUGGAUGCUGCCAAACACAGCCGCCGGCACCUCCAACCUCGUGGCUCCAGCGAGCGAGUACUUUGUAGGCGUGUACCUCUUCUUGUGGGGCAUCUUCUCCUUCGUCAUGCUUUUGUGCACUAUCCGCAUGAACCUCGCCAUCUUUCUCGUGUUCCUUACCGUGACGCUGCUCUUCCUGAUGCUCGGCUGCAGCAGCAUGGCGAACAGCGCGAUAGGGCUGCGUGCGGCUGGCUACGAGGGCAUCAUCUGCGGCUCCCUCGCCCUCUACCUCGCCUUUGCCGAGAUUCUGAACGAGAUGUGGGACCGCACAGUCCUGCCGGUGAUCCCGAUGACGCAGGCGCUCGGCUGGUUCGGCGCCAGCCCUGAGAAGGCAAGCGACAGUGCCGAGCUGGCGUACCACGAUCAGCCCCCCAAGGUCAACUGA